AUGGCGAUUGCUUGCUUUGACCAGUUUGAAGGGCUGCUGGAGCUGGCCAAACCCGCUUUGGAGGCACUCACGCCGCGCCGGCUCAAGAGCAUCACCACCCCGAAGGUCAAUCCCGCUGUGGUUGUGCCUGCGACCGUAGUCUGCCGUGCCAAAGGUGAUGGGGUUCCAGCAGGCUUGCUGUGUCGAGUAUCUGUGCAGGGCGAGCUCUUGAUGUUGGGAUGCCACAGGAGAUGGCAGCCGUUCAGUGCGGAGCGCGCAGUGCAGUUCAGUGCCCCUUCAAUGGUGCGAGGUCUUUUUCUCUGGAGGGUUCUACGAGGAAGUCUGGCCAUUGAUCCGGAAGUCGUCGCAGGAUCAGAAGUUGGUCAUUUGGAACUAUGA